AAGAAACCGAAGCAAUGGAGGCAGCGUUAGUGCAAGAGCAUCUGCGAAAUCAAGUAUAUAUGUAGCGUGAAGGAUAUUUCCUUCAGAGUCAGGGCAGAAAACUCAACCUGCGACAGCAAGUGCAUUUGCCUACUCAAGUUCCGGCGCCACAACCUCCGCAGGGGCAACUUAAGCAAUUUCUGUUGUAUAUGCCUGGUGAAAUGCAGAAUCAGGAUGCAAAUCAGCUUCCUGAAGUGGAUUCCUUGCCAGAUGGGUUUGUUGAGAGCACUACAGAGCCUCUUGCCCCUCCAACUCCAAAACCUGAACAAGAGAAGCUGCUGAAUAAUUACAAGAGGAGUGAUUCGUCAGAUGUUGGCCUGCCUAAUGACUCAUCAAAUGAGUUGGCAGUAGAAGAAAAUCAAAACACUCAUGAUUGCUCAGUGGAGGUUCCUUGUGGUAGCUUGAAGCAGCAGGCAGAAAGUACACAGGUUACGCCUCCUGUGGGUGAUUCUGAUUCUGAGAUUCCUCUAUCCAGUUGCAUUGAGGUGAAAGGUCAAGAAGGAGAAUGUCAAAGUUCAGAAAGAGCUACUGGUGAUCUUCUGGAAACAAAAGUUAUGCCUCUUAAAGAUUCACAUUCAUCAGAGAUUGCUGAUUCUUCAAAAACCAAAAAACCUGAACCUGCUGAAACAAAGCGGAAGAGCACAAAGCGUACAUUUAAAUCAGAAAAGGAGUUGUUGGAGUUUACACUUAAGUAUCAACAAGUAUUGGCAGAAAGAGAUGCAGCUCUUGCUGUGCGAGAUAAGCUUGAGUCACUGUGCAGGGAGCUACAGCGUCAAAAUAAGAUGCUCAUGGAAGAAUGCAAACGUGUGUCAACUGAGGGACAAAACUUGAGGUUGGACUUAUCAGCCAAGUUCCAAGAUGCAAUCAGGGAUGUGGGGAUUAAGCUUGAAGAACAAAAGGAUGAGUGCCUUUCUCAGCUAAAGGAGAAUGAGAUGUUAAGAAACAAGUUGAAGGAGCUUGCUGAUCAAUAUACGCUAUCUGAACAGCAAUAUGACCAGAAGUUGAAGCAGAAGGCUUUGGAGCUUCAGAUUGCUGAUUUAAAAAUUAAACAAUAUGAGGAAAAAUUGGUUCAGGAAAAGUCUCAGAUGAAAGUAUAUGCAGAACAAGUGUCUCAGCUACUGGCAACUGAGAAAAAUUUGCGCUUGCAGCUCACUGCUGAUGGAGAAAAAUUCCAACAAUUCCAGGAAGCAUUGUUAAAGAGCAAUGAGGUUUUUGAAACAUUUAAACAAGAGAUUGAGAAGAUGACAAAAUCAAUCAAGGAACUCAAAACGGAGAAUCAAUUCUUGAAGAGUAAAACUGAGAAGUCUGAUGUUACUCUCAUAGAGUUGGUUGAUGAGCGUGAGUGCUUGAAGAAACAUCUGGAGAAAACGAAAAAUCAGAAAGAGAAGUUGGAAUCAUUAUGCAGGUCCCUUCAGGCUGAGAGGAAGCAAAAUUUGUCAGGGAGCAAGAGUGAUAACUCAGUUCAGACAUGAACAAGAGCUUAUUAGAAACAUGUCGAUGAACUGUCUUCUUGAAGCUGUGUCUCAAAUACUAUUAUCAUGUAUUUGCGGAAUUCUGAUCUUCUGAUUCUUGCUUAUAUAGUGCAAUUAUUCUCA